GACAACCACCAGAUCACAGCUAUCCUUGCCAACAAGACUUCCCAUCAACAACCCAAACUGCAAGUCUCAAAGUUUAGGGAGAAAACGAUCAUCGUCUGGGAGCUCAUCUUUCAUCAAGAGCUCUCCACAUACAUUCUACCAUCAUUAAUCAACCGCGUUAUUCAAAUAAUUUCGCGCCAACUACCCGAACGAAUAUCUACUUGCCACUUCUAAAACAGCCUGACAGCUCUUGCGGGCGGGAUGCCUGCGACAUCGAUGGAAUCGCCAUCCGUGGCUCUAUCAUUCGCGAACAACUUUUGGGGAAAGGAAGAUGCGGGCGUUGGCCCCCUCAUCGACCGCAUGCUUGCUGCCAAGCAGACAUGCGAUGAGUUGAAAGCCUUCUACAGCGCUCGAGCCUCGAUCGAAGACGAGUAUGCCCGAAAGCUGCUCUCGUUGUGUCGCAAAUCCCUCGGGUCCCACGAGUCAGGGAGCUUGAAGACAUCACUAGACACCGUCCGUGGCGAAGUUGAAUCAAUGGCAAAGCAACAUCAAAGCAUUGCAGCGCAGAUGAAAACGGAGCUGGAAGAGCCUCUUGCUGCAUUCGCUGGCGGCAUGAAGGAAAGACGGAAGAUUGUACAGAUUGGUAUUGAGAAGAUUCUCAAGACGAAGAUUCAGCAAACACAGCAUGUGAACAAGACUCGAGAUCGAUUCGAGCAGGAAUGCCUCAAGAUCAAGGGCUACCUCGCCCAAGGUCAUAUGGUUAUGGGCCAGGAGGAACGCAAGAACAAGGCCAAGCUGGAAAAGACACAGAUCAGUGUUGCGACCUCCAACACGGAGUACGAAAACGCGGUGAAGGCUCUCGAAGAUACAACAACUAGGUGGAAUCGGGAGUGGAAGGCCGCGGCUGAUAAGUUUCAGGACUUGGAAGAGGAGCGCCUUGACUUUACGAAAAGCAGCCUUUGGACUUUUGCGAACAUUUCCUCCACAGUCUGCGUCAGCGACGAUGCAUCCUGUGAAAAGAUCCGACUGUCGCUUGAGAAAAUGGAUGUUGAAACAGAUAUCGUCAGCUUCAUCAAAGAGCAAGGUACUGGUCAAGAGAUCCCGGAUCCGCCGAAGUACAUCAACUUCUGUCGAGGAGACAUCAAUGAUACGCAAUCAGAAUCAUCUGAUGACGACAACUACUCGGUUGCGCAGUUUCCCAGGAGCAUCAACCCAGCGUUCAGGUCAUCGUCCCCACAGCCCUCGACUUACGAAUCACACCAUGACCCCAACUCAAGCCUCGCUCAAGAUCUUGGGCACAAAGAACCAGUUCCCCUAGCCUCAAGAAGUGUCGCUGUGCUUGAUGCGGGGCGCAAAGAAGCAAGUCCUUCGGCAUCCAGGCACCCAGCUGCAGACCCGUUGCGAACGGAUGCCAGCUCCUCUUCCCGAAACUUCGCACCGGAACUGAGCCACAAACAUGUCAGUGCCUCGUCUAGGGGCCAUGCGCCAGAAGCGGGCCAUGAUGACGCUGGGUCGUCUUCUCCGAGAAAAUAUUUCCAGGAGAUGGGUCGUCGGGAGAUGGUUACAGCUGCUGUUCGUGAAAUGCCACUCCCAGCCCAGAGAAUACCGCCCUUGAUGGAAAAGUCGCGCCAGCCAGCUCCAGUCCCCCAACAGUCCAUCCAACAACAACAACAACAACAACAACAACAACAGCAGCAGCAGCAGCAGAGCCGGCCACAUCCCGACAAAAGUCACCCUCCCACGUCCGUCAUGGUCCCGCACGAUCCAUACCCUCUCGAUGGCAUGACGAUGCUAUGCCGCACCGGGCCCCCAUCGGAGCGUAGUUCGCAGCCUCCUUCGGCCAGACCAUCGAGCCGUGAUUCUCAGAGCGACUACUCGAACCCGACUUCGCUAUCAAGCCAAGAGCCGCCGAGUGGCAAAGUAUCCCCCAUCAAGCAGGAGCAAGUCAGUGCGCCACCACUGGCGUCGGACAAGCAGGUCCUCAAGAAAAGGAGCGGCUUCUUCCAAAACCAUAGUCCAUUCCGCCGCAAGAGCACAAAAGAGACCCCAGGACCGUCAGCAAAUAGAAACACUUGGCAUCCUGUUUCCGCUCAAGGAAGUCCAUCCCGGAGAUCGCAGCUGCAAACUCAAGAAACGUCGCAUCUGCUCGGAGACAGAUCGACCAUCAGCCCGGAACCGAUUGAUGCAAACGCCACCCUUGCGUUGAAUGUUGGACAGAACGUUUUCUCAGUCACGAACCCAGAUCUAGAAAGGAGGAAAGGCUCAAAUACUCAGCCUGCUCAGCCUGAGACGGACCCCAUCGCCUUGGCCCUUGCCGAGCUCAAAGGCGUCGGCGUCGGCAAGCAGUCGAGCGUACGUGUCUCGGCAGAUCGCUACCACGGCAUUGCCACCCCAACCCCUGGCUCGCAGCCAUUUUCCAGGUCAGUCCCACCAGCGGCAAGCAACAGCACCGUGACUACAGGCCUUCGAGGAACGCCGCCGCCUUACGAUCAACAAGUUGUUCAGAGACUCGGGGUGCCCCCUCAGGCAGUGACAGCCAAAGCUAUGAAGGAGACAUCGCAGAAGUUCGCCGACCAAACUCGCAGUAUGUUCAGCCAGGCAAACCGUCCUGGAUCAGGCUAUGGGGGAGCCCCACAAUCUCGACCGAUGACAAGAGGCAGUGAUGUUCCCAGAGCGGCAUCCCCCGCCCCGCUCCGAAGUGCUUCCCCGAGAACGGGACCGUCCGAAGAUGUCCGACCCGGUUAUCGGAACUCGCCGCGCAGCGCUUCUCCGAGAACCGGGCCGGCGGACGAGAUACGGGGUGAUUACCGGUCUGCCUCGCCUAACCCCCAAGGAUCCGUGGGCAGAGGAGGAUCGCAAAUGAGUAGCACUCCGAGACGAGGAUCUGAACAGCCUUAUCACAGGCAUAACUCACCUAGCAACAUGUCGGGAACAUCGUCUCCAGCACCUUAUUUGGAGAAGAUGCGGCCGGGCAGCAGCCAUGUUGCCAACGAUAUGGCCGUCCAACUCGCGCCUCUAGGCGACGAGAAUUACGGAUCAGUGCGCGGUCGAGGCGGGAACCGUCCCGGGACAAGCUCCAGUAACCGGGCCAUGGGUCUCUACGAAGGAGGCGGACCACCCGGACAAGGCGAGUCAAGGCAACGGAGUAAGAGUGUAGCAGACCCAUCACGGCAGUACACUCGGGAUGGCAGGCCCAUCCUACACUUUGCGCGAGCUCUAUACAUGUACCAGGCGGCCAUUCCGGAAGAGCUGGGUUUCUCCAAGGGCGACCUGCUCGCAGUUCUACGUCAUCAAGACGACGGGUGGUGGGAAGCCGAGGUACAUGGAAACAAUGGUCGAAUGGGACUGGUCCCAAGUAAUUAUCUGCAGCCAUGUUAAGGUGAGUUGCUGGUGGGUGGGAUUGUUGCAUGCGUAGUGACGCUGUGCGAGGUCAGCAGGAUCUCGCAAGCAUGUGCAACUUGACAAAGGGUCAUGACAUGAAGUUGACAACCAUGAGAAUUCGUUUGGGCUGUACCACGAUUUUUAUCUUCCCAGUUUGGAGUUGCGGAUAUGAUAAUAAUGAUGCCGAUAAGCGUGUGGUGACUGGAUAUACGUUUGCCUUGGAUGCCGACUUAGGCAUGACGACGGUGUCAAGUCUUUCGUUAGCUGUACCAAUAGUAAUGCAUUCCCA